GACAGUUUACAACGUCAUACAUAUCUACUUGCAUUUAGCGCCCAUCUUCCAACUUUAUCACUUUAUGCUCUUCCUCUUAAAAUGGAUGAAUGUUGGCAGCAGGAAAUACUCUCUUCGCGGGCCUUUCAUAAUCGGAAGUCUCGCAAAUUCACACCACAGGUUUCUAGCCCCUUAAGCAUUACAAGAAUCCUCGGCUCAUACCAACUUCAAUGUCCCAAAGCUCAUUCUCUGGGUCGUACCUCUCAAUGCAAUCCCAGUCCAGCCAAAGAUGAAAGGGACGUAAAGCAUAAACGUCACCCCGCGAACUCGCCGUGGUUUGAGAUCCAUCGGUUUACAGAUGAGGAAGAUGGGUUGGAGGGCGACUUAUUUCUUCCUGCCGUGUUGGAUGCUUCUUUUGUCAUGGCCGGAAGUCGGAAGAAAAUCCAUGAGAUCCUGGAUCGGGCAAAUAUCUCGGAGGAACCAGAUUGCCAUGCUGAAAGCAUAGCAUAUAGCCCUGGGAGAAGAUCAGCGGAUGACUCUGACGCUGAUAAUCAACAACACGAGACCUGUCCCGAACAGCAAUCAUCUGAGGUUUCGGGAGAUGAAGAUGAUCGCCCGAAAGAGCCCCAUGACUGCAAGGCCACUGAAGAGCUGCGGUCUGACAAUUUCGAGAAGAAUACCUUCCGACAACCAAAGUUCUGGCUUUCAUGGAGAGGAAAAGUACUUGUAAAGCCUGAAUCGGAUGUAGUCCCAGAGGAUCAUUCACCACUCGACGCGAUUCAAUCAGGCAUUGGUUAUAUGGUCUUUACUGGAAAUAAGUACCAAAAGUUCAAGGGUACCAUCAGUUGUGAUAUUCUGGGUUGGGACAAUGUUGCAAUAACUGGUUGGAAACAAUGAGCCCUAUCCGUGGAAGGCUCAGACUCUCACAAGGUAUAGACUAAACUACGUCUUUCAAAUAGAACCAUACAGCUGAUAUCCUCA